CCUAGGUCAACAGUGAUGAGAUGUCCCUAGAGUGGCUUAAAGUAAAUUUAUUCUGUGGAUGAGAUUGGCGAUUGUAAAUAAAGAAUUGAAUUAGUUAUAAACAGUUAUAAAUCAUCGAUUAAUAAUAAAUAAUAUGUUUAAGUAUGUUUAGUAAAAUUUAGAGACGAUUUUAGUUGAAUAUAGAAUGGCUAAAUCAUCUGACAUGUCGGAAAUUCUUGAUAAAAAUCUGGAAGAUAUAGAAAUCCAAGAAGUAUUGAAAAAUGGCACUGAUCUUAGAGAAUACGCCCUGCAAAUAGAUAAAAGUAUAAAGGAAGCUGAAAAGGCAUCUGUAAGUGAUUAUUUAAAAGAAAGUGAAAAUAUUAUUUCUUUGCAUAAUCAAAUCGAAGAAUGCGAUGGAAUCCUGGAAAGAAUGGAGAAUAUGCUUCUUGUUUUUCAGAACGAUUUAGGAAGCAUCAGCAAUGAAAUUAUAAGUCUACAGAAACGAUCUGUAAACAUGUCCAUACAACUUUCUAACAGACAAGCGUUAAAAGGACCACUUUCAACAUUCAUAGAAGAUAUUGCUGUCUCUGAAACCCUCAUAUUUGGUAUCAAUAAUGUACCUGUAACUGAUAAAGAGUUCAUGGUGCAACUGGCAAUUUUAAACCAAAAAUUAAAUUUUGUUAAGGACCAGGAUUUCAAAGAAACAAAGGCUUGUCAUGAUGUAAAAGAUGUACUAGAAAAAUUAAAAAUUAAGGCUUUGUCCAAAAUAAGAACAUAUAUACUUGAACAGAUUUAUAAAUUCAGAAAACCGAUGGCUAAUUAUCAAAUACCCCAAAAUGCAAUGUUGAAAUAUAAAUUUUUCUUUGAAUUUGUGUUGGCCAAUGAGCGGAAUGUUGCACAAGAAAUAUGCAAUGAGUAUAUUGAUACACUGAGCAAAGUCUAUUAUUCAUAUUUCAAAUCGUAUGCAUCAAGACUAGACAAAUUAAAGUAUGAAGAAGUUCCUACCAAAGAUGAUCUUAUGGCAAUUGAAGAUGGAUCAAAGGGAGGAUUCUUCCAAAAAUCUAAUUUGAAAAAUAAGAGUACUAUCUUUACAAUUGGUAACCGAGGAGAUGUUUUAGCACAACAACUUGAAGCUCCUAUUAUUGUACCACAUGUUCAACAAAAAACUAAAUAUUCGUAUGAAGCAUUGUUCCGUAGUCUUCAAUAUGCCCUUGUGGACAACAGUUGCAGAGAAUAUUUGUUCACAACUGAAUUCUUUCAUGUGAAAGGCAGUCAUGCUCAAGAACUGUUUGAUAGAAUACUGGGCAAAACACUGUCCUUAUUAGUGAAAAAUGUUGAGAACUAUGUUUUAGAAUGCUAUGACUGCUUGGCUUUAUUCCUUUGUAUUCAAUUAAUAAACAGAUACAGAUGGAUGUGCCACAAAAGAGCAGUAGCAGCUUUAGACAGUUAUUGGGAUUCUUUAUUAGGCAGUUUUUGGCCAAGACUUGAAUAUGUACUGAAGUUAAAUAUCCAAAGUGUACAUGACUGUGACCCAGCCAAGCUAGCUAACAAGGAGCUGGGCCCUCAUUAUAUAACUAGAAGAUACGCCGAAUUUUCAGCCGCAAUGCUGAGUCUAAGCGAACAAUUCCCCUCACAAGAGCUCAGCAAUCUACUUCUUGUACUACAAGAUGAAGUUCACUGCUUUCUUCUAAAGAUGGCCGCUGAGUUUCCUCAAAGAAUCCAACAAUUGAUAUUUUUGAUCAACAACUAUGAUAUGGUAUUGAGUAUUUUAAUGGAAAGGACAAGAGAUAACACUAAGGAGGCAGAGAGUUUUCGAGAACAGCUUCAGGCAAGAAGUUCGGAAUAUGUUGAAGAAAUUUUAAGCCCUCACUUUGGUGGUAUGAUGCAAUUUGUUAAAGAAGGAGAACUGCUACUGGAGAGCGAUAAGAAAAAUGAGUUAGCCAAUUUAGAAAAGAAAUCUCUAACUUUAGUUGCAUCUUUCUCUUCUAACUGGAAACAAAGUCUAGAGGAAAUACACCGAGAAGUUCUAGUUUCAUUUCCUAAUUUGGUCACUGGAUCUGGUUUACUGCAGAUGGCGUUGACAAACUUUGUCCAAUAUUAUCAUAAAUUCAAUAAGCUUUUGACCCCUAAUGCUCGAACGCAACUUGUAAACAUUCACGUUAUUAUGGUAGAAAUAAAAAAAUAUAAGACAAACUUUUAAUAAUCUCAAAUAAAAUGUUAUAACUUUUAA